AUGAGAAGACACUUAGACCCACACAAGGAAGAAGGUCAAGAGACAAUAGAGACAGCAAUUGGAGAGAUGCAGCUCCCAUCCGUGAAGCACCAAGGCAAUUUUGCAACCCCAGAGGCAAGGGGAGAGAUGUGGGACAACUGUUUCUUAAUUAGAGUCUCCAGAAGGAACCAUGACUUCUCUAGUGGCUCAGGGGUAAAGAACACACCAGCCAAUGCAGGAGACCCAGGUUCAGUCCCUGGGUCUGCAAGAUCCCCUGGAAGUGCAAAUUGCAACCCACUCAAGUAUUCUUGCCUAGAAAAUCCCAUGGACAGAGGAGGCUGGCAGGCUAUAGUCCAUGGGGUCGUAUGUGUGGGACAUGAUUGA